AACUCGCCGUACCAUUGGCGGAAUACGCGCGCCCCUGCGCAUCGAUGUGUACUAGUCCCACCUCGAAGCGCCAGAUUUGCAUAUCGCAACCAACAAACGCCGAGGGGUACAUUACCCACCUACAAAGCAAUUCACAACCGUGCUGGGUGUCUGGCAGUCUGUGCUGUCCGUGUGUCGGUCUGUCUCCGGACUCCAGGAACCGCCACUGCUGCCGUUCUCUAAACUACUGCUAAUACUACCAGCUGCGAAGGACUCGUCACCUCUCUCGCGCGCCGCCAUGACGUCUAUGGGGCGCACGCUCUGCCUCCUACUAACGCUGGCACUGUCCGCCGCGCUGCUGCCAUCGCUCGCAGCGACGCGCGAGCUAGACGCACGAGUCGACAGCGGCGGCGACGGCAUUUUGGACGGUGGCGGCGGCAUGGACGGCUGGCUGCAGCGGAGCGUGCAGCGCGGCGCCACGUACUUUCCCAUCCACCGCGCCGCGCCGCUGCGGCCCGACCACUCCGACCGCCGCCCUGGCGCCGGCGGUCAGCCUCAGCGUGACACUGGCAGUGACGACGCUCGCGCUGGCGGAAGCGGAGAACCUCUUGAAGGAGAACCCGCGCGCCCGCGGAGUCGAUUGCUUGGCAGUAGUAUUGGAAAGGGGAUGACGCAAGAUACGAAGGCCCGAGGGGAGAGCUCCAACAUGGCCAGUAUGCCAGUGUUCGAGAACAACGUGCCUAUGGAGGGCGUGGGUAGCGUCGGCGCCACUACGCUCAACUACCAUUUCUAUCUGGACGGCGUGCUGCAUCCCGUUGCCAGUGUGCGCCCUCCCACGUUCCCCUACUACCUCAAUCUGACUCUUGGGUCAGAAAAGCAGGUGUUCCAGAUGGCCAUCGACCUGCUCAGCGAUGUCAUCUGGAUGCCCUGCGAAUGCAUUCAGUGCGCCACAAACCGACCCGGGACCCCUCCCGGCGUGGCGUACCUGGCAUCGAGCACCAUGGAGUACAUCUCCUGCUACGACAAGAUGUGCCAGGGCAGCGGCGGGUACUACUACGGGUGCAACGUGGAGGGAACCCCGGCCGUCUACGUCAACACAACGGCUGUGAACAUCAACAGCAACAGCGCCAGCAACACCACCAAGGUCGCGGUCUCCCUCCCGCCUGAUGACGCGCUCUGUGUGUUCGACACCCGGGCGGCAAAUCCUGACUUCGGUGCCGACUUAGCAUAUGCCUACGACUACUAUGCUCCGGACGUGACCGAUGCAGGCACAGGGGUGUCGUCGGAGGGCCAUGUGGUGAUGGAUACGCUCUAUACCAUGCUGCCUGAUGGAACUGAGACCAACCAGACCAUCACGUUCGGGUGAGACACCCCCAUGUGCUUGUGAAAGAAAGG